AUGGCAGGUUUUCAUGCAAGAGAUACGAUGCCUAAAAUGGGUCUUGUCACAGAUUUGCGGGAACAGUGGCUGGUGCGGGCUGACGGUGCUUUAGCUCAUCGAUUGCAAGAUCGGGAAAUAUCUUCUCAUCUGUGCGAGAACAGGUACCGAAAUCAACAAAUACGCGAGGAUUUCCCAGUGGCAUUGAGCGAACAGAGGGGUAUAGAGCACGAAGUGCGUUUGAAAGAACUUGCACUUCGUCGUCAAGCUGAAAUCGAUGCUGAAAUAGCUCGUGAAAUGGCAGAAAUAAAUCUCCGUAGGCAGCGACGUCAACAUAACGAUAUUCUACAACAACCAAGUUCAUCGCGUACUGCUGCACCAGCGCCGCCGCCUGAUAUUGAUCCUGAAGAACUAGGUCUCUCCUCCUCAGAGUUGGAAGAAAUGAGGAGACGCUUGGAGCAGGAGGAAAAAGAUGCUAGGCUAGCUAGAGAAUUGAGUCACGAAAGUGAUGAGGAUGGGUUACUUGCUGACAUGAGAUGUGCCGUUGAAGCUCAAGACAGUGAGCUUGCUCGCUUACUACAAGAGAGAGAAUAUAAAAAACUACAGCGAGCCAAAGAGAAGGCAAAACAGAAAGCAUUGCUAAAGAAACAACAGCGUUUGGCUCAAUUACAAGAACCACUUCCAGAAAUACCUCAAGCAACUCUUUGUGAAGCCUACAGUAAUCCCCGGGAUGUUAUUCAAGAGAACAGGCUUAGACUGUGUAAAUCUGUAGAUUCAGAUUUGAAUUAUGUAGAGCCUUUUGAAAAAGAGAUAAUACAAUCAAAAGCAAGUGCUUUAAUAUCCAAAGAAAUAUCCAAACAAUACUACUCUCACGAUGCUGGCUCACCAAGUGGUAACACACCACAUAACCACUCAUUGUCUCUUAAUGCCGAUAAACCAACUUUUCACACAAACAGCUCAAUUCAACAUAGGCAACCUCCUCCUCCACCAACCACAGGCAAAAAGCCAAGGUUUCCUGACCCAAUUAGCAUUAGGCCUGCGUCCCACUACCCAACUGACAAUGUAUUGUCCGGUACUGAUACUCAGCACAAUCCUGUAGCACAAAGCCUCAGUGAAAACAAUAACUUAUAUAGUUCCAUAUUUACAAACCAAAAUGAUAGUUCUCAAAAUGUAAAUUAUGAAAGGGGUGAUUCUACUAAACGUCUCUCAGUUAUAUCGGAUAUCACAGCAGAAGGUUUAGAAAAGAAAAAAAGGAAGAGGGCUAAAAAGAGCAAAGGUUGUAGGAUACAG